UCCUCAGUGCAAUAACUUACACAAGUAUUGUCGUCGAAAUGCUUCGCACUUCGGGGGUGUAGGUUUCUUCGUAUACGCAGGGAAGAACGAAUACACGUCGUAGAAACAUACCGUGUAAUGCCCUUAACAAACCUGCCAGCAAUGCUAGGUAGACCUAAAGCCUACCGCAUGUUUCAAUUACUGCUGGUUAUCAUCCUGGCCACCACCAUUUUCAGGGUUUCCAUGCGCAGAUACGACGAUUGGUCGGUUUCAGGACUUUGCACACGCUAUGCAAAGUGGGAAUGCCGAUGGAUUCAUAAGGACACCUGCCCACCAGUGAAAGUUAAACUCCUACCUUGUAUUAGGAAUGGAAUGCUCGAUUGCACUGAAUGGAAGCUCAGGUCCGGAUUAACAUUCUGUGUCUGCCAGUGCGGGGGUCACAGAACUGCCAAAAACAAGAACCGCACACACCUUUAAAUUCAACAUAAUCAACGCUGGUGUUUGUAUUG